AUGUCUCAGAGAAAGGCUACCGGGAGAAAGUUGCCGAUGCCGCCGGCAAAGCCGUGCAGCAAGGACGCGUUGCGACGGCGAACAACCGUGUUAUGGCAAGUCCUCACUCUUGAAAGCAUUGAACACCUUGCCAUUCCUGGGGCUGGCCUAAAGCGACCAGAAACAAUUGAAAAGCAGGAUCAAUCGUAUACGAAAGAUGAAACCCUUUCAAUAGCCAGUCUAGCUGGUGAACAUGGAGCUAGAGUAUAUGAAAAUGAACAGGAGCUGUGA